GCAAGAGAUGGGGAGCACUGGAGAGGCGUGGACUCAGUUGGGAUCUGCAAUUGCAGGCACGAUGUUCAUUUGGGCCAUGUUCAAACAAUACUUCCCUCCUCAUCUCCGAGAUCACAUUCAAACAUAUGCCCAAAAACUGGUGAGUUUUGUGUACCCUUAUAUCCAUAUCACUUUCCAUGAAUUCACCGGAGAAGGCUUCCGGCGCAGCCCAGCCUACGCCGCCAUCGAGACCUACCUCAGCGCCAACUCCUCAUUGCGUGCUAGGCGCCUCAAGGCCGACCUCGUCAAAGACUCCUAAUCCCUCAUUCUCAGCAUGGAUGAUUCGGAGGAGGUCGCUGAUGAGUUUCAAGGAGUCAAGCUUCGGUGGUCUUCCAACAAAAUUGUUCCUAUAAGGCAGGUCUUCUCUUUCUUUCCGACUUCCGAUGAGAAAAGGUACUACAAGCUCGUGUUCCAUAAACGGCACCGGGAAAUCGUCACCAAGUCCUACUUGAAGCAUGUGAUUGACGAAGGCAAGGCCGUCGCGAUGAGAAACCGACAAAGGAAGCUUCACACGAACAAUCGGGGUGAGAACCGGCUGUACAGGGAAAGUGUGUGGAGUCAUGUACCUCUUGAGCAUCCGGCAAGGUUUGAAACAUUGGCAAUGGAGCCUAAGAAGAAGGAGAUGAUCAUCAAUGACUUAAUAACUUUUAGCAAGUCAAAAGAGUAUUAUUCGAAAAUUGGGAAGGUGUGGAAGCGGGGAUAUUUGCUUUAUGGUCCCCCGGGGACCGGAAAGUCAACCAUGAUCGCGGCCAUGGCGAAUUUUUUGAACUAUGAUGUGUACGAUGUUGAGUUGACGGCGGUCAAGGAUAACACAGAGUUGAGGAAGCUGAUGAUUCAGACAUCCAGUAAGUCGAUCAUAGUGAUCGAGGAUAUUGAUUGUUCGCUUGAUCUUACAGGGCAGCGGAAGCAAAAGGAGGAGGAUGACAACAAUGAAGAUGAGAAGAGUCUAGUGAGUAAAAUGGCGAAAGAUGGUGGUAAGGAAGACAGCAAGGUCAGUCUAUCUGGGCUUUUAAACUGCAUUGAUGGCCUAUGGUCAGCUUGUUGGGAAGAAAGAAUAAUAGUGUUCACUACUAAUUAUGUGGAGAAGCUGGACCCAGCUCUCAUUCGCAGGGGACGGAUGGAUAAACACAUUGAAUUGUCCUAUUGUUGCUUUGAAGCGUUCAAAGUUCUUGCCAAGAAUUACUUGCAUGUUGAUUCGCACCAUUUAUUUGGGACGGUGCGCCAGUGGUUGGAGGAAACCAAGAUGACUCCAGCUGAUGUUGCAGAGACUUUGAUGCCCAAGCCCCCCGAAGAAGAUGCCACGAGUUGCUUGAGAAAUUUGGUUGAAGCACUUGAGAUGGCAAAGGAGGAAGCCAAGUUAAAAGCUGAGGAAGAAGAGAGAAUAAAGGCCGACAAAGAUGAGAAAGAGAAAAGUGAAACAAAGGUUGUAGAAGAAGAGGAGAAGAACAAACCAUCUGCGGAGAUGGAAGUAAAGAGUCAAGACAACAUUAGCUAGGAAGUGAAGGAGACUGGAGUCAUCACCUGUGAAAGAAGAUUGACUCAAGAGCUAAGGUAAAAGACCACUCCAGUUUAACAUUGUUGUAUCCUUAAAAUAUCUAUUUUAACAUGAAUGGAGCUCUAUUGAUAUUGGAUGGUUAAUUUAUUUCAGAUUUGUACGCUUCAAUGCUAGGUGAAAUAUAGCAUAAUAUCAUUUAAUGUUUUUAUUUUAUUUUAUUUAAUAUUGCUUUGUGUAGAUUGUAGAAUGAUUAUCCCUUUCUUAAAACUAGUUAUUACAUAAACUCAUUUUCUUCAUAAA